AUGAUGAAACUCCUUGUUGUUUUCGGUGCUACUGGCAAUCAAGGCGGGCCUGUUAUUGAUCGUGUCCUUAACGAUCCUGUCCUUGCUAACGAGUAUCGAGUUCGAGCUGUUGUACGUAACACCUCGAGCUCCGCGGCGCGGAUUCUCCAACAGACGGGCAAAGUUGAAGUUGUUCAGGGUGACGCUGAAGACCUUCCUUCCUUGGAGCGAGUCCUCGAGGGGGCUCACACUAUCUACUCGCUCACGAUAACCAUCUACGACGAGCGGCUCGAGGAGCGCGAAUUGUCUCAAAGCAAGGCAAUCGCUAAUGCGGCUGUUGCUGCCGGUGCAAACUACCUCAUAUUUAGCACCAUCUUCCACACCACUCAUGUUUCCGGUGGGAAAUAUGACAAGAGCCUCCGUUUCGACUGCAAUGCCGAAGUGGAGGACCAUAUAAGGAAGUUACCCAUCAAAAGCGCAUUCUUGGCAUCUGGGCCUUUUAUGAAAAACUCCCACACGAAUAUGAAGCCGCGCUCUGUUGACGAUGGUACCUCUGUGCUGGCCAAUAUCAUUGAUCCCAAUACCAAGCUGCCGCUCAUCAAUAUUGAGGAAACUGGCAAAUACGUCGCCGCUAUCCUCGCCAACCCUGAUCAGUUUGAAGGCAAGGUCCUUUGCGGCGUUACUCAGCUCAACACGACGGAGGAAGUCGUGCAGAUUAUGAGUAAAAAUUCCGGAAAUAAGGUUGCUGACAACCAACUUCCAGAGCCAGUCUUCCGCAACAUUUUACCGCCAACCAUGGUUGACUAUUUAUUUGACAUGCUGCUAUACAUCCAAGAUUUUGGGUAUUGUGGUUCGAGAACGGAGGACUUGGUGGCGUGGUCAGCAGCCAACUAUUUGGCCACGUUUAUUGGCUGA